GUCCGAGUUCCUCCCAAGUCACCAAUUUCGAAUUCAUCUUCCAUUUCGUUCCUGUUCCCUUCCCAACUUCAUCCCACAUUUCCUUCCAAGUUUGCGGGGAGUGCACGAACAGAUCUAUAUUUUAGAGCCUUUGGGACCAACCACCUCCCGUUGCUCCGGCACGCCGGCUUGGUAACCCAAGAUCAAACUCCCUGGACGAGCUCGAGGCGAUUUAGCCAAUUGCAUAGCACCCUCAAUUUGAUUUUCGAUUCCCCACUGAUGAAAAUCUAACCGACAAGGAUAACAUUCAUGUUCCCUGUAACGCCAUCAACUUUUCAACUGGUUACAACAUGUCAUCUUCGAAGAAAUCAACCUUAAACCCAUCCUUAUCCUUGAAGAAUUCGUAUCCCAGGUCCCAGUGGUUAACUAUAUCUAUGGCGUGAAGAUUUGUGGUUGGUGCACCGUCGAGAUCCCAGACUAAUCGACGCAAUUCUUGACCGUGGAAACAUCCAAUGUUCUAUGAAUGAGUCCCCGUUUUGAAGUCGGGCGACAAUGUCGUUAUAGACUGGCGACUGAGCGAGAAUUUAUCGAUAUCAACACAUUUAUGACAUCGUGAGUCUUUACUCGUCGACCUCUAAGCAUAUUAUUUUGCUUCUUCACUCUCCUCUUUUGCCUGAUCUAAACUAAGUAUUUCACAGCGUCAAAAAGCAUGGGUGAUUCGCCAAUAUCCAUGCACAGGCAUGGCUCGCUUCAUGGAUAUCCUCUAGGGUGGGGGGGUAUUACUAUAAUUCUCAAGGACUUUACGACACUAAGGAAUCGUAUUAGCUACCUAGCUUCAGAGCCUUCGAUUAUUGAUCCAGGGAUUUCUUACCUCUGGAGUGAUCCGGUGGUCGAUGUUAUUCAGCCACCAUUUCUACACUUUACUAGGAACGACAGUAUCCAUAAGAUCCGAUAUCUUCUCCUCACUAUCAGCAACCGUGGGAGGGGAUAAUAUGGUAGCCAUUUUCUCCCGAAGUCUGAGCAAGCAACGACUGAAACUCCAGUAGUAGAACAGCACAAAGAUACGCAAUGCAACGACUUCAGCUCUGGCAAUUAAGUCGAGGAAAGCAGGCUUUUUAUGUCUAAAAUCGUCCUCCUUAUCGCAAGGUUAUAUGCAGGAUAUCACGCUAUGUCUCGUUCUGGAAAAUCUUUAACGGUUGGUGAUAGAUCGAAGCCUAGUAUGUAUGGUAUGGUUAAAAAUAUUCACUCAAGAUGCACUGCGCCAUAAAUCGGUUGGCUGGGGACGAGAUUGAUAUGAUAAAUCGGCAAAUCGGCAAAUCGAAGAUCUUU